AUGUCCAUCAGCCGCACAGCCUACCCAGGCAUCAUCGACCGCAUCGUGGCCGCGAGCGGCGUAGACGCGCUGUUCGCCCUGCGCGCAGCGUCACGCGAGUUCCGGGAUCGCGCCGACGCGUCGCUCCUGCGACAUGUCGAGAUCGCCCCCGCCCCCGAGGGGGCACUGCGUCUCUUCUCGCCUGAUUGCGCUCGGCGCGCGCUGCCCCUCCGACCGGAGCUGGUACGCGUCGCCGACCUACGCCAGUUCACGCCGUGGGAGAAGGACGCCAUCUCGCGCGACGCCCAGGGCGGGCUCACUGCCCUCCAAGCCUUGCGACGGGUCGGCGACGCGAUCCUCUCGCCCGACUGGCUGCCUUCUGCCGGCGUGUGGAUCGACUACAUCAACCUGCACAAGUAUCCGCGCGAGCUGUGCGACGCGUCGGACUACGACCUCGACGAGGGGGGCAUAUGGGAGGAGAACGACGACAACGCAUAUGUCGGCGAUGUGGAAAAGUACCAGGAGCGGGACGGCGGGCACAUCAAGCGGCUGGAGAUGAGGGACCUGCCGUGCAGUCAGCGCAAGUACAUUGCCCAUAUCCGCCUCGACGACGAGUCGACCGAGCCGAGCAACUGCCCGCACUUCUUCGCGCGCGUCCGCGCCAGCCCAUUCGACAUGGUCGUGGUGGUGCACCCCCCGCUCGUGGAAGACAAGCGCGCGAUGACGUUCCAGACGGCGCUGGAUGUCGCCCGGCUCGGCGUGCUCGAGGGCCUGCAGGAGUGGAAGGGCAUGACGCUGACCGUCGUCGGGCUCGAGGGCAUCGGGCACGAUGGGGCGAGCUUCAUCGCCACGCGGCGAGAGCAGGACACCGACUGGCUCAUGGACAAGGCGGAUUCCCACACGCGGUUCUUGAGUAUGGCCGCGUGGCUGGACGAGCUGGGCGAGCAGAGCGAGGUCGACGGCGCGUGGGUUGAGCGGAGAGCCCUUGCCCCGUGA